AUGUUGACGAACCGUGGUUACCGUUUCCUGGUUCUGGGAUUUGAGCGAGUUCUAAGGGCACCGUGCCACCAACAGGCCCACCAAACACCGCAUUGCAGGACUUUGGGGGUGGAGCCCUGGGGCAGCGGCAGCGUCUUUGGCAUGCCGCCGGUGCCCUCGACGCCCUCCCGGGCCGGCAGGCACGUCGGCGACGAGCACGACUUCUCGCCCCCGUCGGCGGCUGUGGCGGCUGCCUCGAAGGAGCUGCUGGACCUCGAGUUCGAGGGCUUAGAGAACUUCUUCGGCCUCAACGGUGAGAGCAAUUACCUGCCCGGAUUCCAAGGCAGGCCCAAGAGCCCAUCGCGAAACAUUACCUCCACUCCGACCAUCCAUGAGGAGGACGAAGGAGCGAACGACGACGACGACGGCCUGGCCUCGGACAUCGCGGCCGCCAGGGAGGCCAGCGUCUCCUUCAGCACCAAGCUGCAGAAGAAGCGCAUCCGCCGCCGCCGCAAGCCGAGCACGCGCGAGGACGACGACACGGAGACGGAGACGCAGCGCAGACAUCGUCGCCACCAGCACGAACGGAGCAAGCACAGGGAUGCCGUCGACGGCGACAGCAGCAGCGAUCACCCCCGCCGCCGCCAAAGGUCCCGCUCCCGGUCCCCACUUGCCGGCAAACGACACCACAGGAAGCUCAGGCGCGAGGAGCACCAGCUGGUGCUGGCCGAGGGCGACGAGGUCGAGUACCCCAAGAGCCCGCUGUCGCUGCGCUCGUCGCCGGCCCUGUCCCCGCGGCGCAACAACCUGAACAUCUCGGCCCCGAUGCUAUCGCGGGAGCCGCUGCCGUCGAUGCUGCUGCUCAAGCCGACGGUCUACGACCUUCGCCCCUCGGGGUCGUCGUGGUCGCCGCGGGUGGCGGUGGGCAGCACGUCCCCGCCGACGCCGAGCAGCAGAAGCAGAAGCACGCCAGGAAAGGGCGGCGCGCGAGCGGCGCCGGUGGACUACUUUGACGACCACGGCGACGGGCUCUCGCCGGUGCAGCGCAACCUGGAGCAAGAGGAGACGCACCGGUGGCUGGCUGAGGAUGCCGAGGCGCGCAAGUCGGCGCUGCAAAAGGCCAAGGCGGCCGUCAUGAGCUGACGC